AAUCCUCAUGUUAAAUCUCCCUCGUCAAUGUCUUCUCAUGGUUCUCUUCUCUUCUUCACACCCACUCUCCUUUCUUCUCCGCCAUGAAUGCGAUCUUCACUGCUUCAGCUCUCUCUCUUCCAAUUUUCCUUAGAGCUUCUAAAUUUGACACAAGAAAGGAUUUGAAAUGUAGAUUUAAAGUGUUUGCUGUAUUUGGAGAAGAAGACAAGAAAAAUGCAUGGGGUGCGCUGUUUGAUGUUGAGGAUCCAAGAUCCAAGAUUCCACAGAAUAAAGGGAAGGUUUUGGAUAUAUAUCAGGCCCUGGAAGUUGCAAGACAUGAUAUUCAGUACUUAGACUGGCGAGCUCGGCAAGAUGUGCUCACAAUCAUGCUCCUCCAUGAAAAGGUGGUUGAAGUUCUGAAUCCUCUAGCUCGUGAAUAUAAAUCGAUUGGCACCUUGAAAAAGGAGCUAGCUGGGUUGCAGGAUGAGUUAGCACACGCACACAGACAGGUUCAUAUAUCUGAAGCAAGGGUUACCACUGCUUUAGAUAAGCUUGCUUACAUGGAAGAAUUGGUAAAUGAUAGGCUGUUGCAAGACAGAAGCACAGCUGAAAUUGCCCAAACAUCAUCUUCUCCCAGUACGUCUGAAAAUUCUCUACCUACAGAAAAGAGAAGAAAGUCACGGAAAAGCUUGAACGUAUCAGGCCCAGUUCAGUCAUACCAUCCCCACUUGAAGAAUUUCUGGUAUCCUGUUGCUUUCUCCAGGGACCUAAAGGAUGAUACAAUGAUCCCAAUAGAAUGUUUUGAGGAACCAUGGGUUAUCUUCAGAGGGAAAGAUGGAAAGCCUGGAUGUGUCCAGAAUACUUGUGCACACAGAGCCUGUCCUCUGCACCUGGGUUCAGUAAAUGAGGGUCGUAUCCAAUGCCCCUACCAUGGCUGGGAAUAUACCACUGAAGGAAAAUGUGAGAAAAUGCCAUCUACUCGAUUUCUAAAUGUGAAAAUAAAGUCAGUUCCAUGCUUUGAAAAGGAGGGAAUGAUCUGGAUUUGGCCUGGAAAUGAUCCGCCAACGGCUACACUUCCAUCUUUACUACCGCCUUCUGGAUUUGAAAUCCAUGCCGAGAUUGUGAUGGAACUUCCAAUUGAACAUGGUUUACUUUUGGACAAUCUUUUGGAUCUUGCCCAUGCCCCUUUUACUCACACUUCAACAUUCGCUAAGGGAUGGAGUGUUCCCAGCUUGGUGAAGUUUUUGACACCUGCAUCUGGCCUGCAUGGAUACUGGGACCCUUAUCCUAUUGAUAUGGAGUUUCGACCACCUUGCAUGGUUUUAUCAACCAUUGGGAUUUCAAAGCCUGGGAAACUGAGGGGACAAAAUAUCAGGGAGUGUUCAACGCACCUGCACCAACUUCAUGUCUGUUUACCAUCUUCGAAACAAAAGACAAGAUUGCUAUAUAGAAUGUCACUGGAUUUCGCUCCCCUGCUUAAGCAUAUACCUUUUAUUCAGUAUCUAUGGAGGCAUUUCGCAGACCAGGUUAUAAAUGAGGAUCUGCGGUUAGUGGUGGGGCAACAGGAACGAAUGAACGAUGGAGCAAAUGUAUGGAAUUUUCCAGUACCCUAUGAUAAGCUUGGGGUGAGAUACAGAAUAUGGAGAGAUGCAUUGGAGCGAGGAGAUAAACAACUACCAUUCACCUCAUAUACAUCAAAUACAGAAUAAACAGUGCUUCUUCGAUCCUCCAAUAAGGAAUUUUUCUUUUUGCAACUCAAGCCUACAUCUCUACAACACCAUCCGGGAACUCUUGUAUUCAUAAGAGGCUGUUCCUUUCCAAAUAUACUUGAGAGUCUGGACACCUUUUCACCCUUUUCCCUUUUUAUUUUUUCAAAUUCUGUACAGUGCCAAUCAUUUUUUACCUUGUGAUAUCUGCACCAUCUCAGCUGGUGCCUUAACCUCACCCUGGAACAAAAGGGCAUGUAGUAUGAAACAAUAUUUAUAUGCCAAUGCUAUCUAAUUUAGGGUUUACAAUUUCAGACA